AUGUAUUUAAUUAAUUUAUUAAUAGGUGAAGAUGCACAAAAGCAUUUCAAAUCGUUGCGUGAGAAAUACAUUAGAAUAAAGCGAGAUAAUGAGAGAAAUCAGCGCAGCGGGGCUGGUGCACCCAUAGUUACGGACAAAUGGUAUUUGUUCGAUCUUAUGAAGUUUUUAGAUGAAAUUAUCAAACCUAGAAAAACGGCAAGCAGCCUAACGUCACCAUCUUGCUCUAGUGCAGCUGUACUUGAAGUACAAGAAACAAUGGAGGAUACUCAACCUGAUAUAGAAGCAGUAUUUGUUGAAAUCGAUCACAACUAUUCUGAUCGAGAAUUGGAUAGAAAUAUCCUUUCUCCUGCAAGUGCAAGUAAUACACAGGAGAUUGAAAAUAUAUUACUUACUCCUUCCACGUCAAGUAAACGUACGAUGCAAACACCUACACUUGGUGAAAAAAAAGGAACUCCACUUGGUGGGAAUAAAAGGAAGUUGGAGGAAAAGUUUAGCAGUACAUUAGACAUGCUGCAAAACAAUUCAUGUGAAACCAAGUCCGAUACAUAUAUCAAUACUUUUUGUGCCAAUAUGGAACAAGAAAUGUUAAAAAUGCCUUCUAAUAUAAUGGAAGAUUUUAAGGAUGAGGUAACCACAUUGUUAUUAAAAACUAGGCGUAAAAUUCGCAAAGUUACACUCCCCGCCGAUGAUAUGUAAUUAAGGAUACUUAUUAUCUUA